GUAUUGGUUAGUGUAACUAUAAGGAUUGCAAAAAUAGCACAACACAAAAAUACCAUGCUUUGAAGAGUCAGAGAACCACACUCAUUAAAUUCAACCUACAAGUAACUCUUUUAAUGUACCAUUCAAUUUACAAUUCAACAAGAAACAACAGCUUACCUUUAUGUCCUUUGCAAACUGUUGGUAGACACAAGAUCACUACUCUAUUAUUAAAUUUUCUUCACCUAUCUAUUUCUAUUUCUAUUUCUAUUUCACAUUCAACCACAAUGCUUCAAAAAUAUCAACAGCUUAAUUCCUUCUUCCUUUCCUCUAUACAUGGCUAUGCAUCUAAUAAUCACUCCAAUGGAAAAAAUGAGUUGCAUUCUAACAUUCUGUUUCCUCUUGAGUUUUAUAGUCGUAUCUUCAAAUGCUGAAUUUGUCAAAAAGACCUACAUAAUUCAAAUGGACAAGUCAGCAAAACCAAACAUUUUUUCCAAUCACAAAGAAUGGUAUUCAUCAAAAGUUAAGUCAGUAAUGUCUAUAUCAUUAGAAGCUGAGAGAGACAACAACAAUGAAGAGAGAAUCAUUUAUAAUUACAACACUGCCUUUCAUGGAAUGGCUGCUAAAUUAAGCCAAAAAGAAGCAAAUAAGCUAGAAGAUGAAGAUGGUGUUGUAGCCAUAUUCCCUGAUACAAAGUAUCAGCUACACACAACAAGAAGUCCAUCUUUUCUUGGUCUUGAACCAAUUAUACAAAGCAACAACAAUAACAGCUUGUCACAAAAUCUGGUUGAUAAUGACCAAAAUGUUAUAGUUGGUGUGUUAGACACUGGUAUUUGGCCUGAAAGUGAGAGUUUCAAUGACACAGGAAUGAAACCAGUACCUUCUCACUGGAAAGGUGCAUGUGAAACUGGUAAAGGGUUCGAAAAACAUCACUGCAAUAACAAGAUUAUAGGUGCAAGAAUAUUCUACCAAGGUUAUGAAGCAGCAUAUGGUAGGAUUAAUGAACAAGCAGAUUACAAAUCACCAAGAGAUCAAGAUGGUCACGGAACACACACAGCAGCUACUGUUGCUGGUUCACCAGUUCAUGGUGCUAAUCUUCUUGGCUAUGCUUAUGGAAAAGCAAGAGGAAUGGCACCAAAUGCAAGAAUUGCAGCUUACAAAGUUUGUUGGUCAGGUGGCUGUUUCGGCUCAGAUAUUCUGUCAGCUCUUGAUAGAGCUGUAGCUGAUGGUGUCAAUGUUCUUUCCAUUUCGUUAGGCGGCAAAUUCUCGUCUUAUUACCUCGAUAAUUUAUCGGUAGCUUCGUUCGGAGCAAUGGAGAAAGGUGUUUUUGUUUCAUGUUCAGCUGGAAAUGCAGGACCUAAUCCUGCUAGUCUCACAAAUGCUUCACCUUGGAUUACAACAGUUGGAGCUAGCACAAUUGACAGAGAUUUUCCUGCAGAUGUUAGCCUUGGAAAUGGAAGAAAAAUCACGGGAACUUCACUCUACAAAGGAAAAACAAUGCUCUCAGUUAAAAAACAGUAUCCUUUGGUUUACAUGGGAGGUAACUCAACUAGUCCUGAUCCAAGAUCUUUGUGUUUAAAAGGUACUUUAAAUCGCCAAACCGUCGCCGGAAAAAUCGUGAUUUGUGAUAGUGGAAUUAUAUCUGGAUUGCAAAAGGGUCAGGAAGUGAAAGAUGCAGGAGGUGUAGGAAUGAUACUAACAAACACAGCAGCUAAUGGUGAUGAGAUUGUGGCAGAUUGUCACCUACUUCCAGCAAUAGCAAUAGGAGAAAAAGAAGGCAAAGAAAUCAAACAAUAUGUGUUAACAAAUAAAAAUGCUACUGCAACACUAGCUUUUCUUGACACAAGAUUAGGAUUUAAACCAUCACCUAUAGUAGCAGCAUUUUCAUCAAGAGGGCCUAAUUAUCUAACACCAGAAAUUCUAAAACCUGAUAUAGUUGCUCCUGGUGUGAACAUUCUUGCUGCUUGGAGUGGUGUCACUGGUCCAUCAAGUUUACCAACAGAUCAAAGAAGAGUGAAAUUCAAUAUACUUUCUGGUACUUCAAUGUCAAGUCCACAUGUUAGUGGAAUUGCUGCUAUGAUAAAAUCUAAACAUCCUGAAUGGAGUCCAGCUGCUAUAAAAUCUGCUAUCAUGACAACAGCUUAUGUUCUUGAUAAUACAAUCCAACCUAUAAAAGAUUCUUCAUCUGAUGAACCUUCAACACCUUAUGCUCAUGGUGCAGGACACAUUAAUCCUAUAAAAGCUCUUGAACCAGGUUUAAUAUAUGAUAUUGAACCACAAGAUUACUUUGAGUUCCUUUGUACACAGCGAACAGAAUUAAGAGGUUUUGCUAUAUAUUCAAAUAGAGUAUGUAGAAACACUCUUGAAAGUGCAGGGGACUUGAAUUAUCCGGCUAUAUCAAUAGUGUUUCCGAAUAAAACAUUGACUUCAGAAAUGACGAUUCGUAGAACUGUCACCAAUGUUGGACCUGAUGUUUCAAAAUAUCAAGUCAUUGUUACACCUUUCAAAGGUAGUGUUGUGAAAGUUGAGCCAGAUACAUUGAAUUUCACAAGAAAGUAUGAGAAAUUGUCUUAUAAGGUUACUUUCAAAGCCACGUCUAGGCAAAGUAAUCCAGAAUUUGGAGGUUUGGUGUGGAAAGAUGGUGAGCAUGAAGUAAGAAGCCCUAUUGUGAUAGCAUAAUUGCCACCAAAGUAGGACUAGUUACUUGUUUAGCAGUUAUUUUCUUUUAUCCAACAAGAGCAAAUUUUCUGUACUAUGAUUAUGAAUGAAGUGUAUGGAUUUUUAUUACAUGAUAUGCUUGGUUCUAAGAAUGAUCUUGCAUGACUCUUAUUGCUUGAAACAAUCAACAAAAUGGAUUUUAUUGCUGGAUUCUCAA